AUGUUCAAGUAUCAGAAUGUGAAUGUCACUGAUUUACCUGAGUCCGUGGAUUGGAGGGACAAAGGAGCGGUCACUCCUAUAAAGAGACAAGGCGGAUUCAUGUUGGGCUUUGCUGCGUUAGCUGCUGUGGAGGGAGCCUUUAAGAUCAACACAGGCCGCUUGGUUUCUCUGAAUGGUGAUGUGACAUUAGAAGAUAACUAUCCCUACACAGAAACUCAGGGUUGCUGCCAGGAACGGAAAGCAAGAACACCCGUAGCAUAUAUAAGUGAUUAUCAGCAUGUGCCUGCAAAUAAGGAGGCUUUGCUUAAACAUGUAGCCCACCAAACAGUUUCAGCUGUUGUCUUUUCUGAAAAAGUAAAUUUUAGGCAGUAUAGAGGUGGUUUAUUCUUUGAGCAUCAUGAAGAUUAUCCUAAUCAUACUGUUACUAUAGUUCGGUACGGGAAAUAUCGUAAUGGGAUCUAA